GCAAUAACUUAAUCCCACAAAUGUUAUAACCACCCGAUUGGAUACUGGUUUGUAUCAGUGGCUGAGAGAGAUCAAGAGAUCGUUUGGAGCGGUUUAAAUUGAAUGUGCACUCGUUCGGGGCUCGGCAGCUUAAAUCAUUCGUAUUUCAGACUUUGUCGUGUUCAGUUGUGUACUUCAAUUCUAUUCUAUAGUUUUUUAGUUAAAAAUCUAAGUGUUCAAACUAGAAACAUGAAGGUGCUAAUCGUUUUGGCGUUUGUGGGCUGUUUUGCCUUAGCAAAAGCUGAGCAAUCCAAAAAAGCGGUCGUUUUUAUGCAAGGUACUUCCGGUGUAUCUGGUAAUGUAACUUUAUCGCAACCAUCAUGCACCGAACCAGUCUUUAUCGAAGUGAAUAUCAUCGGACUGACCCCCGGAAAGCACGGUUUCCACAUUCACGAGAAGGGUGAUUUGAGCGACGGAUGCACCAGCACGGGUGGUCAUUACAAUCCAGAUAAGGUAACACAUGGUGGUCCGAACGAUCAAGUGCGUCACGUUGGUGAUCUCGGAAAUGUUGUAGCCGAUGAGAAUGGAAUUGCAAAGACGUCGUUCUCCGACACGGUCGUAUCGCUGUACGGAUCUUACAGCGUUCUCGGUCGUGCCUUUGUGGUUCAUGCUGGAGUUGAUGAUUUUGGAAAAACCAACCACCCUGAUUCUCUCAAGACUGGAAACGCUGGUGGACGUCUUGCCUGCGGUGUCAUUGGAAUCCUCACACCUUUCGAUGAACCUGAGGAAGCUUGCAGCAGCGGUCUACUGGCAAAGCCGGUAAAGGCUUUGGUUGGCUUUUUAAUUAGCUUUUUCAUCGUACGUGCCCUUGGAAACUGAUUGUCCACGCUAGAAAAGGACAUCAAUCUUCAGUUACAACGACGCUGUCUAUAAGCUUUUGCCGCCAUUAAAACGAAUGACAGGUGGUUCAAUGAACUGUAUAAUUUCCGAAAAUUUACCACCCACUAGAAGAACCAUCUUAUGACUGUUUGAUUCAGCUACGAAAUAUCCAUGGUCAAAGGAAUGAAAUCGCAUUAAGUGGUUUUUCGCGUGAAAGAAACAUUCAUCUUUUUUCUUUUUUCCUUUGACGCUGUGUAUGUAUUUAUAUAUUAUGUUAUACCUGAUGCUCUGUGCCUUAUUUAAUUCCAAUGUAAAUAUUUCGUUUAAUUUGUAAAGAAUGGUUCUUGUUGUGCUU